AUGUUGAUUUUGUCGGCGAAUGGACUUCACCAGGCAAUGAUAAAAAAAAAAUACAGUGAUGGUUAUAGCUCAAUAUCCUGGCGCAAAUCCAAGAAAGUGUUGGAAAUAGAAGGCAGAGACAGGAACCUCAUAACAGCUAAGUUGUGUACAAUGUUAUGUAAUGAUUUCGAUCCUGUACAGUCAAGCAAAAGCGACAACUAUUGCGGAUUCCCUUCCACAAGCAAUGAAAUGCUUGUUGAAUUGGAGGGCGUUAAACUCGAUGUAACAAUUACUGAGAAAGAUAUUCGUGAUAACAAACAUAGCAUUAAAAACGUGGAAGAUUGCCUUGAUAAAGUAGUUGAUAAAUUAAACAUUAUUAACCAACAGUUUGAUGUAUUUAGGGCAGAGUUUCAGUUGUUGAAAAACCAACAUACGAUUCAAUAUUCGCCUAAAGCUGUCGAAUAUUCAAAUUUGGACAAUCAAAACGCCUCCGGAUUGCAAAAACGUCAUGAGGAAAACAAUAACAUAAUAGGAUCGAAUCUAAAUGAUGACAUUGUAAUGAGUCGUAAUGAUGCAUUACAAUCUCUGGCAAAUUUGCGGUCUGAGUGCCUUUCCAAUGUUUGUUAUGAUACUCAAUUAAAGCGUCUUGAAAGGGAACUGCAUGAUGAACAAGAUAAAACCAAGCGGGUUUUCCUGCUUGAUACUUGGUGUCGUUUACCAUCCACCUAA